GUUAUUGUCUUACUCCGUUUGUUUGACGAAGUGUGAAGAUCUAAACGUAGAGUAUAGUUGUCUAAACUGGCGUGAAGAAACCACACAGCUAAGCAUAUUGCAAUUCUUCGUCGUUUGAUAUCGGAUUUUGGAAGAACAAGGUUUAAUUUUUCCAUCCGGACUUGAGUGAGUUGUGUCGUCGUUUAAACCACUUAGCCUUCAAAGCUAACAGGGAAUAAUGGGGUCGUCUAAGAAACACAAGGAGAAGAGUCGCGACAAGGACACCGAAGAGCGCCGCCGCGAACAUAAGAAACAUCGACACAAGGACCGAGAAAGAGACGCUUCGGACCGGGAUGGGACAACUCGGGAUAAAGAGAAACGAAAACGCUCCAGGUCCAGAGAAAGAAGCGGACGGGAGGGACGGGAGAGCCGCAGCAAAGGUGAACGGGGCAGCGGGGAACCACGAGUGAAGAAGGAAAAAGUAGAUGUUGGAUAUGAUGAAAGCAAUGCAGAACCUGCGCCUCAGUCUGCGAGCGGAGACGCUUCUCUCAGCAUUGAGGAGACAAACAAACUCAGAGCCAAGCUGGGUCUGAAGCCCCUGGAAUUAAAUGAGAACAAGAAGGAGCUCGGGACCAAGGAGGAGCCACUGGUGGCUGAAACCAUCAACCCUGUUCUCAUCAAGCAGCAGAAAGAGAUGAGGGAGAAGCUUGCAGCUAUGAAAGAAAAACGGAUCCAGAACCAGAAGCUGGGUAAAGUCAAGACCCUGGCGGAUGACGACUGGCUGGAUGACACAUCCGCCUGGGUUGAGAAAAGCAGAAAUCUGGCCAAAGAAAAAGAAAUGGCAGAGAAAAGAGCCAAACUUCUGGAAGAGAUGGAUGAGGAGUUUGGCGUCAGCAGUCUGGUAGAGGAAGAGUUUGCACAAAGUAAAAAGGAUGCCUACACGUCUCAAGAUCUGAAGGGGCUCAAAGUGCAGCACAAGGUGGAUUCCUUCAACGAGGGCCAGACCGUCAUCCUGACCCUUCAAGACAAAGGUGUACUCGAAGAGGAGGAAGAUGUGCUUGUCAACGUGGGACUGGUGGACAAGGAAAAAGCGGAAAAGAACGUGGAGUUAAAAAAGAAAAAGCCAGAUUACAAGCCCUACGAAGAGGAGGAAAGUGUGGAUGACAUGGUUACGUUCAAGACCCACUCUGUUCUGUCGAAGUACGAUGAGGAAAUUGAGGGUGAAAAGAAAAAGAGCUUCCGGUUGAACACGGGGGGCUUUGCCGACGGGGAGCGAGAGCGGGAGAUUCAGGCCAUGAGAGAGGCUCUACGCAAUCAAGCCCAGUCGUUGGAGAUGCCUUCUCUCACUAUUGCCUCCGAGUAUUACACGCCUCAGGAGAUGGUGGGCUUUAAAAAGACAAAACGCCGCGUGAAGAAGAUCAGGAAGAGGGAGAAGCAGACGGCUGCGGAUGAACUUCAACUCGAUGACACCCGCAGCACUGAUUUUGGCUCCAGGACGCGCGGUCGAGGCCGCAAGCAGGCCGACAAAGACGUCGUGGAAGUAAAGGAGGAGGAGGAGGAGCAGGAGCAGGAAGAGAGCAGGCUGCCACAGGACAUCCCCCAAAUGUCUGAUGACAUCAGGAUGGCAGAAAUGGAAAUAAGCGACGAGGACGACUUCACGCCUCCCGAGCCAGCUGUACUCGAGGAGGAUGAGGCAGAGCAGGAGCUGCAGAAACAGCUGGAGAAGCAGAGGAAGCUGAAGCAAAAGCAGCUCCUCAAAGACUCUGGGGAGAAGGUGGCAGAGCAGAUUAAAGGGCUCGCUAAAGACGACGCUGAAAAUGAUCCGGAGAAGAGGAACAACAUUGUUUUCAAUGCCACCUCGGAGUUUUGCAGAACUCUGGGCGAUAUUCCCACGUAUGGACUGUCCGGCAACCGAGAGGACCAAGAGGACAUUAUGGACUUUGAACAGGAAGAGGAGAAAGAGGAUGCUGGAGAAUCCGACUCAGACAUGGAUGAGAACGUCGGAUGGAGCACAGUCAACUUGGAUGAAGAACAGAAACAACCAGAUUUCUCCACAGCCUCUGCCACCAUUUUGGACGAGGAGCCCAUCGUCAACUCCGGCCUGGCUGCUGCCUUGCUGUUGUGCAAAAACAAAGGUCUAUUGGACACUCAGAUGCAGAAGGUGGCCCGUGUCAGAGCACCAAAAGGCGCCUUGCCCAACGACAACUACUGCAUCGAGGACAAGAUGGGCUUUGAUGACAAGUACAGCCGCAGAGAAGAAUACAGAGGCUUCACUCAAGACUUCAAGGAGAAGGAUAGCUAUAAGCCCGACGUCAAGAUUGAGUAUGUGGACGAAUCUGGACGGAAACUCACUCCAAAAGAAGCCUUCAGGCAGCUUUCACAUCGAUUCCAUGGGAAAGGGUCUGGGAAGAUGAAGACUGAGAGGAGGAUGAAGAAGCUGGAGGAAGAGGCACUGCUGAAGAAGAUGAGCAGCAGUGAUACUCCGCUAGGGACGGUGGCUUUGCUUCAAGAGAAGCAGAAAUCUCAGAAGACACCGUAUAUUGUGCUUAGUGGGAGUGGGAAAAGUAUGAACGCAAACACCAUUACCAAAUAAGUUUUGGGGGGGAAGAGUGAAUUAUCUUUAACACGAACAUAAACUUACACACACACACACAGAUAUACACGGGAUGUUUUAAGUAAAGUAACUCCUUCAAAUUAAUGCCUAAUUCAUACAAGCUGCAUUGUUGUAGUAAAGAAUUGUUGAAUAAAGUCAAUACCAAUGAGA